UAGUUAUCAGAAUAAGCUCUGGUGAUCGUCCACACACCUCACUUGUUCAGUAGAUGUGGGAAGAACUUUACAACUGAACAGAUUUAGCUUCCAGAAAGUGAUAUACUGUGAGAAUUCCUACUGUGUGGCAAAUUACUUCAGGGCAGACUUCGAGUUCAGUGAUAUAAACUACCCCUAGGACUGAACAGGGAUUGCUCUUAAACAUGGGCGAUCACAAAAAACGUAUUAGCAGAGCUCUUCUUCUUGUGAUGGGUAUAACAUUUGUUUUUGGACAGCCAUGCAAGAACUGUUCAGGUCAGUGUAAUAACGAAACCGGAGUAUGUUCCGGAAACUGUACUCUUGGCUGGGAUGGUCCUACCUGCUCCAGACGAAAUGUGGCAUUUAACCAAAGCACGACGCAGUCUUCGAAUUAUAGCGAGAAAGGGUUCAGCUUCACCUCCGGACUCGCCGUUGAUGGUAGGACUGGACAUCACUUACUGAACAAACCGUACACAUGUACUCACACGAUCAAUGAUCCACCGGCGGUCUGGACGGUGACGCUGGCUGCACAGUACAACAUCUACAGGUUCAGGAUAUAUAACAGGAAUUCUUCUUCCUGUACCAGGUCGUGUGGCGCCCGACUUAACGGAUUCACUCUGUCUGUGGGUAACUCCUCCCAGAAUUACACAGUUUGUUACAAAGACAACACUACACACCUAAAAGGCCCCGGGGCCAUCAUUAACAAAGUGUGUAACGUCGGUGGUCCCGUAUUUGGGGACACCGUGAAGAUUAUGAUAACUAAUUCCCGGUCCCUUACCCUGUGUGAGGUACAGAUUUUCGUAUGUACCCCCGGGACGUAUGAAGCAGACUGUGGGAAGAGGUGUGGGAACUGUGCUGAGGGACCGUCUGUCUGUAAUACAACAUCCGGGCACUGUCCACAGAGAGCACCCAGGUGCAUGGCGGGAUACUCUGGUCUGAGAUGUGAUAAAAUAUGUACCAAUGGGGCAUAUGGACCAGACUGCGAGAAGAAAUGUGGGAACUGUACUGCGGGAUCGCUUGUCUGUAAUACAACAACCGGGCACUGUCCGCAGACAUCACCCAUUUGUUUACCAGGAUUCUCACCUCCGACAUGUGAAACAGUAUGUAUGCCCGGGACGUAUGGACCAGACUGUGAGAAGAGAUGUGGGAAAUGUGUUGAGGGACCGUCUGUAUGUAACACAACAUCCGGGCACUGUCCUCAGAGAACACCCAGGUGCAUGGCGGGAUAUUCUGGUCCGAGAUGUGAGAAAAGUUGUAACCCUGGGACAUACGGAUCAAAUUGUGAGAUGAAAUGUGGACAUUGCUUUGAAAGGGAGUCUGUUUGUGAAAUUACAUCCGGCCAUUGCCCUGGUCUGAAACCAAGAUGCAUGCCGGGAUACUAUGGUGUGACAUGUGACACAGAAUGUAAAAACAACACGUGGGGGAAAGAUUGCCAAGAGACAUGUGGAAAAUGUUACAAUAAAACUUACUGUAACGCUGUCACUGGUGAAUGCCCUGUAUCGACCGGGAUUCCCCGAUGUGAGCCUGGAUAUACCGGAAGUGAUUGUGUAAAAGAAACACAAAUAUCACCUGGAAGUGAGGUUGACCCUGCAUACAUAGGCGGUGGAGUGGCUGCAGCUGUCGUGUUGAUCGCUAUAGUUGUUGUUGUUGUCAUUGUCACAAUUAGGAGACGACGUAGACAAGCCCACAAGUCUGAUAAUCAUGGCCUUCAGACGGAAUGUAGAAUAUUCCAACCAGAUAACAGGGAACCGCAGGAUAACAUAGUGUUUGAGGACGACAGCAAUGAUCAGGAUGACGAAUCACAGGAUGACGUCAAUCCUUAUGUUAACGCUGACGUCGUCCCCUCCACAGUGCCGGUCGAGGAGUUCCCAGACUACUUUGUGAGAAGGAAUGCCGGAAAAGGAUUCAAGAAAGAAUUUGAGACAUUCCUGGUGGGCUUGCAGGCAAAACACACUGCAGCGGACAGACCCAACAACAAAGCGAAAAGCCGUUAUCGGAGUCUUGUGGCGUAUGACCAUUCCAGGGUGUUAUUGUCCGUGACAGAUGACCAGGACACGGACUACAUCAACGCUUGUUAUAUCAAUGGUUACAACGAACCAAAGAAAUACAUUGCUUCACAGGGGCCCAAUGACGUCAUCCUGAACGAUUUUCUGCGCAUGAUCUGGGAGCAAAAAUCUGGGAAGGUCAUCAUGCUGACGAACCUAGUAGAGACAACAAAGACCAAGUGCUCUCAGUACUGGCCUGAUGAAGGAUCAAAGAGUUUUGGUUUGAUCACAGUUACAUUACUGGAUGAGGACAAUUACGCGGAUUUCACCGUGAGAACUCUGCAACUGAUUCACAUUAAGAGAAAGCAGGAAUGUCAAACUGUAAAACAGUUCCACUUUACCGCCUGGCCUGAUCACGGUGCACCUGCGCACGCUACUGCGUUACUGGACUUCCGGGAUAAAGUUAACAAUUGUCAGACGCAAUUCAGUGGACCAGUUGUCGUGCACUGCAGUGCCGGUGUCGGUCGCACGGGAACAUACAUAGCUCUGGAUUACCUGAUCGCCCAGGCUCAUGACGAGGGGGUGGUGGAUGUGCCUGCCUGUGUCAGGCAACUCCGGGAACAGCGAGUUAACAUGGUUCAGACUCUGGAGCAGUACAAAUUCCUUCACGAAGCGCUGGCAGAAGCGUUAAAACCUGGAUGUGGAAGUGUUCGUAGUGUGGAAUUCCCUCGUGUCUUUGCUGAGUUGUGCACCCCAGACCCAGAGACCGGUAUGACCAAGAUGGCGGAACAGUUCCAGUCUCUCCAGAGGCUGACAGCUCCCCUGGAUAAAGCCGUUCUCACCGGGGCACGUCAUCCGGACAACGUCUCCAAAAACAGAUCAGACAGAAUCCUGGCAGCGGACACAUGCAGACCGUACCUGUCAACUCCUGUACCUGACGGAAAUAACUACAUCAACGCUGUAUACCUGCCAACGUUCAAAUCGAAGAGGGGUCUAAUUAUCACUCAGACUCCUCUGCCAGGCACAGUUCUGGAUUUCUGGCGCCUGGUGUACGACCACGGCAUAACUGUCAUCGUCACGAUAGACUUGGUAGAGCGAGAUGAUAAGGACCUUGGGAUAUACUGGCCAUUGGAAGGAAAACAUUUUGACCCAUUUGUGGUGAAAGUCAAGGACAAACAAGAGUGCGAGGGCUUUUCGGUGUGGACGUACCAUUUGUCUCACAAGGAUACGAAAGUAAUGCACCCUAUCAAGCAGUUCCGGUGUAACUUUUGGACCGGGGAUCCAGCCCCCAGCUCGAUAGCCUCACUGCUGUCCGUCAUAGAAGAGGCGACGCAGUGGCAACAAAAGACAGGCAACGCACCAGUUUUGGUACAUUGUAGAGACGGCGUGACGAAAAGUGGUCUGUACUGUGUGGCAAAGUCAGUGAUAGAGAGACUGAAGAUGGACGAGGAAGUGAACAUCAUCCACACGGUGAAACAGAUGAGGGCCAACAGGCCACAAAUCAUCACAGAUCUGAAUCAGUUCCAGUUCCUGCAUCAAGUUGCUCUGAAGUAUCUGGAGACAGCCCACACCUAUGCUAACUUCGUGUAGAAAUCAUCUGUCCCGUUCUUACCGUGGUGUGUGGAAACAACAUAGCCUGUGACUUAUAUAUAUCCAUCCGCUGGGAAUCUAAGGAUCCAGUUCUGGAAAUCACGAAUGAAGAUCCCGACUCUUUGUUCAUUUUGAAAGGACUGGCUAGAUUUUAUACUAUAAGCAUAGUCUCUCCAAAUCGCAUACAGUUGAUUUUGUUGUCUUGAAGGUGUGUGAUAACUAUUGUAAUUGCAUGUAAGCAUGUAAACCCAGAAGCACAGAUAAUAUCAGCUGUACGUGUAGAUUCAGAAGUACAUGUAAUUCAAGAAGUACGUUUAAAUGGAGAGGGUUAUGCCCACAUGUAUAUGUACUGUUAAUCUUUUUAGUAUUCUUUUGUCUGCCAGCUUCAACCGAUUUUCGCGGCUUGCAUUCACAAAUUGCAUUGGAUUUUCACCUGAAAAUUUUCGCUUUUUUAUUCUCCUCUAAAACAUGACCAAACUGCAUCGUAACGCGUUCGUUUAUAAAUAAGAAUACGCGUAAUUAAAAUACCCCAAGGAAAUGUAGGAAAUCAUUUUUCACACGCGAAUCAUUCAGUCAUGGGAUGGUUUUAGUACCGCUGACUUGAUAGGAUGCAUUUGUUUAUUGGCUUGUGUAUACAAAUUCCACGGGUAUCGGCCUAAAACUUUUUCUCGUUUUUCCUGAUGUUCUAAGACAUGACCAGAACGCGUCGUAACAUUAGUUCACCAAUGGCAAUGCCUCAAAUAGCUCCAAAUCAGCCGUUUCGUUGUAGAAUGCUUAAAUGCGCAUUGGAUCAUAUAAAAAAAUGUGUUAUAUAAAACGAGCGUGAUAUACUGCUUUAAAUAUGUAUGUUCUGCAGGCAAUUACGGCCUCAAUAAUAUUUUCUUUACUACGUAUUACAGACGAUUUUUGUGUUCCUUUUAAUGAUUUGUGUGUGUGACUAUGUUUCUGAGUUGUGGAACACAUGUACCUAUAGUAAACAGCAACAUGUAGAAUCAGUAAGAUCCGAGGUCCAGCAAAGUAUAAACAGAGAUUGCAUCCAUCUAACGUAGAAGAUCAUCAUAUAUCCGUAUGUGAACACCAAAGGUAAACCUUCUUUAUGCAGGUCUAUGCAAGUUUCUACAAAGAAGAACUGUUAAAUACUAGAAAUAAAAGGGUGCGGGGACAAGUAUAGGGAGGCUCUGUCCUAAAGUUUUUGUGCAAACUUAUAAAACUGAAUUCACAGGCGUAGGUUAUUGAUGACGCUAUCUUCACAUGACUUUGAAUUAUUAUCAUAGGAGAAACUGUUUUACUUUAAAUAUUUAACAUGAAGUCAAGUCAUUAAUGUGUAAAUGUUUUCUUUACUAUUUUGACACAAUUGUGAACUGUUUUCCGAAUAUUAUAAGCUCGUGUGUUUUUUUCAAGACACUGUCACGUUACAUCACCUCAUACAAUACAGAUGGGCUUUUGUUUUACAUGAACUUCUCGUUUUUUCCUUUUAAUUACAAACUGUGUGAACUGUUUUGUCAAUAUUAUACCCUUCUGUAUUUCUUUACGAGGCUGUCACGUUACAUCACCUCGUGUAAUACAACGGAGCUUUUAUUUUGCA